GUCACAAUUGUGUAUAUUACUUCCUGUUUGUGAUUCGUUGACAUUCAGUAGGACGACAGGACAGUUAUGGUUUCCAAAUCCCAGAAGACCACAAACAGACUUCUUGUUGGAGCGAUAGACUUUGGAACGACUUUUUCCGGCUGGGCCUUUUCUUUUAAACAUGACUAUGAUUCGGAUCCGACAAAAGCAAAGACAAAACAUUGGCAGUCGAGAUCAGGAACAUUAGUGACAGAAAAAACACCGACAUGCGCAUUGGUAAAUCCUGAUGGUAAAACAUUGAAAGCAUUUGGAUACGAUGCCGAAAACGAAUAUAGAGAAUUACUUGAUAAAGGCGAAGAAGAAAAAUAUUUCUUCUUUAAACGAUUCAAAAUGGAACUCUAUUGUAAGAUGGGCAAAGACUUAAAAUGAGACUUGACAAUCGAAGACGAAUUUGGCAGACCUCUUUUAGCAGCUGAUGUCUUUGGAAUGUCAAUCAAGUUCUUGGUAGAUGACAUGUUGAAUAAUGCUGGCAAGGGAAUAGAUGGCAUAAUUAAACAUUCUGAAAUUCACUUGGUUGUAACAGUACCUGCAAUAUGGUCCGAUGCUGCUAAACAAUUCAUGCGUGAAGCUGCUG